UCACCAGUGGGCGUGAUCUUGUAGCAGAUGUAUAUCUAUACAUUGGCCUGAAAGUGUGAACAGUUGAAACAAGAGCUGAAUGCUUCAGCACCUCACCCACGAACAUGAAAUUCAGUGGCGGAGUACGAGGAGAUUUCUUCAAAUUCCUGGCACUUAUCGUAGGCUGUGGAUUGGCUUGGUACCUGGGGCAAAUAUGUGCCGUUCUAUUGCCCCCGGAAACCUUUUCAGUUGCUGUGAGCCAGAUUCUAGAGAAGCCUUCCAUUAACGCCCCUCUUCCUAAAAGGCAGAAGUGUGAUCACUCGUCUCCGUGCCCAAUCGGAAGCUUUGCGUUCAGGGUGCUAAGUGGAGGGGGCAAAAACAGUGUACCCACAAUCUGCUUCGAAGAAGUCAUCAUGAAAGAAGGGAAGGGGAACACAAGAGAAGGGAUAAACAUUGCAGCUGUUGAUGCUGCUACAGGAAAGGUUCACGGCUCAGAUAGCUUCAACAUGUGGGAAGGAGAUAAUGCAAGACCGCUGAUUCAGUUUAUCAACGGGAUUCCAAACAAUUCAAUUGUUCUAAUGGCCACUUAUGAUGAUGGAAGCACUAAGCUUUCACAAGAAGCUAGAAAGGAAAUUGAAAAACUCGGGAGUAAGGAGAUUCAACAAAUUGGUUUCCGGUCAAGUUGGGUCUUUGUGGGAGCUAAAGGAUUCACCCUGCCUAAGGGACUGAAGAAGGAAAAGAUGAAUCACUCAAAUAAAGAGAAAAACAGAUACAACGGCUGGCCUGCAGAAGUACAAAUAGAAGGCUGUGUCCCACGAAGGCAAUGAUUGAAGGCAUCGCUCCACUUUUUUAAUGGGAUCAUUUUGUUUGCUUUCAUAAAAAUGAUGUUAAGUAAUAAAUAUAUGUGUUAUAUUUUGUUGUAAUUAAUUAUGAAAUGUUAUUUAAAGAUAUACAGCUAUGGCCAAAAGUUUUGCAUCUCCCUAAGAAUAAACUAACUGUGCUUCAUGAAGCUGAAUGAAACCUGCUGAAUAAUGUAAUGUUAGCAUAUUGAAUUACAUUGAAUUACAUACCGCUUUAUAGUCAAGUGGGUAAGAGUCAAAUACUUGGGAUCCUAACAUACAAACAGUUUAAAGCAUUACAAUUUUAAAUAGUGGCUCUUGUUGUCCGUUUUUUUUUUUUUUUGACGGUGUGAAUAGGACCAGGUAUUUGAUUCCUAGGAAAUACAUUUUAUUACUUCUCUAAAUAUUUGGGUUAUUUAUUAACUUUUAUAUUGCUUCAGUAGAUAUGGGAAUGCAUGAGCCACAAUGUUGUUUUUUUUGUUUUUUUUUUAAAUAACGCAGCAGAAGCAGUAUUUAGAUCCAUGUGUGUUUGGAUCCAUUGCAAAGACUCCAUGAUGUGACAGUGUAACUAUAUAUCAGAAAAUAAUAAUACAUGCAUUUCUUACUGCAGUACAGACAGGCUUCUGUUUAAUCUAACAUGAAACUGCAGCCAACACAAUGUGUUUCAAUAAAUAAACAAAUAAAUGCAUAAAUAAAUAA